AUGGCCGCAGACAGCUUCACCAUCGAGGCCUUCACCCUCCUCGCCCUCGCCAUCGUCACUAUCAUCAUCCGGGUUAUCGCCCGCGCCACCACCGUCGGAUUUCGCAAUUUCCAGCUCGAUGACUACCUCAUGCCCUUGGCCGCUCUCGUCUAUGGCCUCGAAACCGGCGCCGCCUACUGCGUCGGCGCCUGGUGGAAGGGCAUGGCCAACAACUCCAUGACCGAUCACCAGCGCGCGACGCUCUCUCCCGACUCGGAUGAAUUCAGGCUGCGGAUCGGCGGGUCUAAGACACAGGUGCUGGGAUGGUCGCUGUAUACAACCCUGCUGUGGUUGCUGAAGGCGUGCAUGGCGAUUUUCUACUCGCGGUUAACAUCGGGGUUGAUGAACAUGAAACUGCGCGUGCAGGUCGCCUAUGUCUCGAUCGCAGCGACCUAUCUGGCGGUCAUCCUGUCGAUCUUGUUCGGGUGCCAUCCGAUGGAGAAGAAUUGGCAGAUCUAUCCGAACCCGGGGGCAUACUGUCAGCCGGCCAUUUCGCCCAUCGACGUCUAUGUAACUGUGGUGCUGAACGUCUUGACGGAUCUAUACCUCAUCACCAUCCCGACUCCGAUGCUCUUCAAAGCGCGGCUCCCUUGGCGGGAGAAGCUUGAGCUCUUCGUGCUCUUCUCCGGCGGUAUCUUCGUCAUGGCUGCCGGUAUCCUGCGCUGCGUGCUGAUCGUCACGGCCGGUCCCAACGGCGCCCAACAGGCCGGCAGCUGGGCCUGCCGCGAAACCUUCGUCGCCGUCGUCAUCGGCAACGCCCCCAUGAUCUACCCGCUGUUCCGUCGCGCCGCCCGCCGCGCCGGCCUCUACAUGAGCUCCAAGGGCAACUCGCAGAGCUACCCGGCCUACCCUCUCUCCGAACCAGGCACCUCAACCCACCAGAGCAAGAAACGCCGCUUCCGCCACCCGCUGAGUAUCCCUGAUACGCAGUGGCAUACCGUCAGCGAUGAGGCGAUGAUGCUGCCUCCGUCGGUGCAGCAUCAGCACCCCGCGACGUGUACGGCGGAGGAGUGGGAUCAGUCGAGCCGGAGGAGUUUGGAGGGGAUCAAGGUGGUGCAUGAGACGAUUAUAGAAAGGGAUGACCGAUAA